CGAGACGAGCGUGCCCGCAGCUUGGGGAGUUUAAGUUGGGUAUCUAGGGUUUAGGUCUCGGACCGCGGCGGAGGGGAGGAGGAGGAGGAGGCGAUGGCGGCGGCGGCGGCGGCGGCGGCGGCAACGGAGGACGAGAUCGCGGUGAAGGAGCCGCUGGAUCUGAUCAGGCUUAGCCUCGACGAGCGCAUCUACGUCAAGCUCCGCUCCGACCGCGAGCUCCGCGGGAAGCUCCACGCAUACGAUCAACAUUUGAACAUGAUUCUUGGAGAUGUUGAGGAGAUCGUGACAACUGUUGAGAUUGACGAUGAGACAUAUGAAGAAAUUGUGCGCACCACCAAACGCACUAUCCCCUUCCUUUUUGUUCGAGGUGAUGGUGUCAUUUUGGUUUCUCCACCCCUGCGAACGGCAUGAAGUUGAAGGAAGUUCCCCCUGAUUGUCAACCAUGAGUAAUGUGUAUUUGGUUAAUCGAUGGCAUGGAGUGUAUGUUAUGUGCUGCAGUGCUACUGUUUUCUGAUAAAUUCUAGGUUUAGCAUAUCAUACAAUUGUGUAACAAUUUCUGAUUGAGGUGCUAGCGUCUACUUUCAUAUCGAAUCUGCCGUUUUUUUAUCAGCUUAAUCAACUCAGUACUGAAGC